UGUUCGAUAAUCAAAAUGGUGCUUAACUUUUCAGCAUUAAGUACGUAAAACUGCAGAACUGUAAUUUAAAAAACAAUGUGGAACUUAUUUUAAAACGAAUUAAAAUUGUUGACCGAUGUGAUUAGCAAAUAUUUUAGCAGUAUGUUAUCAGACGAAGGCGAAGCGGAUUCUUCUUCAAAAUGUAAAACCACUAUUACGAAUAGAGACUCAUCUAGCGAUGAUCUCAGAAGAACUGCUUCUAGGAAGAGGAAAAGUAAUUUUUGUAUCGAAUCGAGCGAUUCGGAUAGCGACAGUUCAUUGGCAAGGGUCGUCUUAAGAAAGAAGAAACCAAGAGUUGUUAAUUCAGACUCCUCCUCAGACUCAGACAUAGUGCGUGUGCCUACACUAGGGAAUGUCAACAGAAUAAUUGAUGAUGAAUAUUCAAGCAGUGAUAGUAGCUGGUCAUCUGAUAAUGAAAGUUGUAAUAUAAGUAGGAGCAACGCAAUUGCUUCAAAAAUAAAUGAGAAAGGAACCAUGUCUGAUUCCAGUAACAGUCAUUCUGAGAAGUGUCCCAUUUGCUUAUUGUCAUUCAAAGGCCAAGAAAUUGGAUCGCCGGAAACGUGUGAUCAUGUAUUUUGUGCUGUUUGCAUUGAGAAAUGGUCUAAAAAUGUCAAUACCUGUCCAGUAGAUCGUUUAUCAUUUGGAAUGAUCUUGGUUCGAGAUAAGGUAGAGGGUAAAGUUACAAGACAAAUAGUUGUGGAUGCUUCUUCUAGAGAUAACUUUGAAUUAGUUAUUGAUAUGCCAUUUGAGGAUUCUUUAGCAUGUGAAUUUUGUGGCUCAACUGAAAAUGACCAUACUAUGCUUCUUUGUGAUGGUUGUAAUUUGGGUUUUCAUAUGGAAUGUCUGGAGCCCCCCUUAACUCAGCUUCCAGAUGGUGAUUGGUAUUGUCCAACAUGUCAGAGAUAUGUUGGAAGAAGAUCCUCCAGCUCAAGAUGGUUUUCUCGUACGGGUCAAACCGAACGUGCAAUUCGGAGGGUCCGUCAACGCAUCUAUAAUAUUGUGCAGGAGCACAGGAUGAACAGGAUUACUGAUGUCGAUUAUGUUUGGGGAUUAAGGAAUGAAAUUAACAACAGAAAUAGUCAACCACGUCAUCACAACAAGAAGAAAAAAUCAAAGAAGCGAAAAAGCAAGCGAGAACGUAGAAUCAUGAAAGCGAAAAAGAACUCAAAGACACGUCUGGCCGCUCAGUUGGGUAUACGCAACAGUCAGGGACUACUUCAGAACGUAUCAGUUGUUGCUUCUAACCAUGAUCCCACUGAAAAUAUUAGUUUUCAAAGAAGAAUGGCUGGCAUUCCCCAGCUACACCUUUUUGGAAGACAAGAUGAAUUGGACUAUUUUUCGUCAUCGGAAACGGAGAAUAACAAUGACAGUUUUCAGUCAUCUGGAAGUGCUUCUUGUCUAUUGCUCGCACCCGUGGGAAGACCAUCGACGUCUUAUAGAAGGAAUUUGAAAGCUAAAGUAUCCUCACCAACAGCAACUGACGCAGAUGUUCUAGGAAGUAUUCUUGAAUGUCAGGCUAAAUUCCAUUCGAAAAACUAUACAUUAUCGCUGACUGACGAUGGUAGAAUUAAGCUGGACGGCAAGAACUCUAUGUAUAAAACCAAACAGACUCCUCUAGUUACUGAAAGCGAUAGUACAACUCCCUCAUCGACCAACUUCAGUGGCACUAGCAGUGGCAACGCUAACGAUGAGAAUCUUCAAAGUACACAGAGCACUAACGAUUACCAUGGAGGAACGGGAACGUCUGCCUCGGGAAUUGUACAUUGUUCUACUCCUGACGACGCCGACCACGUCCCAAUAGAUUAUUCCUUGCCUCAGUUUUACGAGACAAGCAAUAAGGACGAGAAGAAAAAAGAUAACAAAGACUUGUAUAACCCUGAAGAAGCUAGUGGCGCUAGUGACUCCGAAUUAGAUAUUUACAGCGACAUAGAAACGGUGACGACGAGCAGGACAGAAGAUGCGGGACUAAAGACGUUGAUAAUGCGUCACGCCACUCCCGACGCCUCUUCUGUUCAUUUCGUAGACGAUAAUAACGAGAACGAGAGCGAUACAGAUUUGGUAAUAGACGAUACAGAAAAAAUCGUCGACCAAGACAAAUACGAUCCGGCUUGCGUAUUCGACAGUGACGAUGAAAAAACAGAAGCAGAACCUGCGGUCACCAGCACUGUAGAUUCGACCGGGGAAGGCUCCAUUACUGAAACGUCGGCAGCCAACGUGAAUAUAAAUGCCGAAAUACAAUCAAAUACUGUGCAAUCUUCGUCUUCCAACAAUCAGAACACGUUAAAGGAAAGCGAUGAUGAUGAAUUGCUUGAAGACGACUGCCCUAACUUUAAUAUAUAUUCUACUGAAAGUAUAAAUAUGGCUAAAUCAAACGAUUUGGCCAUGAUGGUAGUGAGUGGAUGUAAAGAAUCAGAAAACACUACACAGAACGUCGAUAAGUCUUCGAUUAAAGUUAUUAAAAUGCAUACAGUUAGUAACGACCAGUUAGAAAGUAGAAUAAAGAAGUGUUCCAUGCCUUUAUACCGCACAGGUGAUGGUCUCUACAGCGAUUCCGAAGAUGAGAAUAUGAUUAAAAUCGAUCGUAAGAAGCCGUUUGGUAUAAACGACCUUCAAACGGAAGACAUCAGCGAAGAAGAACGCAGUUACACACCGUGUUUGGAUGAGCCCCAACAACAUCAUCAUCUCCAACAGCGUCAAGGUCUUGAAGGACUUGAUACUGAAAUGAUUUCCGAUGAUGAUAAAAACGACUUCGACGACGCUAACGAUCCGAAAACUACAUCAGAUGGUGACGCUCUUGAAAUAAACGCCAAAGAGUCGGAACUGGACUUUACAAGAGCUGAAGAGUGUGAAGAAGGCGAGAUAGUGGAUAAAACUAAAAAAAUUGACAAGGAAGAAGAAGAGGAACAGGCAAAAACAAAAGAAAAGGACGAGGAAGCAGAAGAUGACGACAGUAAUAAAGAGAAUGAAACGCAAAAAAAAGAACCGAAUAAUGAUAGAGGAGCUUUGAACGUCACUACCAAUAAUAAUACUACUGGUAAUAAAGACCAGGAAACAGCUACGUUUAAAAAGAUUAGCAAAAGUCAACGAGAGAGAAAUUAUAGAGAGAACAGAAGUCGUAGCAGAAGCAGAUCGCGAGAAAAUACAAAGGGCAAAACAUCUAUCGAUCGCAAAGAACGUCGAAAACGCAAAGAAAUCGAAAUAUAUAAUGUUCGAUCGAUUCUAUCAGACAAACCUCGUCGUGUAAAAGAUCAGUUCGGACGAGAUGUUUCACGACGACUAUCUGAUUCUGGUUCGAGCAGUCGUUCCUUGACACCGCCACCGCAGUCUCCCGUAUUAUCCGGACGUCGUCUUUUUAACUCCGAUUCAUCGCCAUUGAUUGUGACGUCGUCGCGACUUUUAGCCAGAUCAAGAUCGCGUACCUUGUCGUCUUUUCACACGCCGAAUCGUCGACGUUCACGUUCCCAUUCCCGUUCCCGUUCUUACUCACCGGCAGCGACGUUAGCGCCGCGACGAUCUCUAUCCCGAACUCGACGUAGCCGCUCCAAGGAAAAGAAGAAACGGAAACGAACAAAUAAGUCACGAUCGAUGUCCCGCAAACGACGCUAUUCUUACAGUGAGCGCAAGAAAUCUGUUAACAGGUCUCGAUCAAAUAAGGAGAAAAAACGACGAAAAUCUUCUCAAGAUCGGUACAAAGUUAAAGGAAAAAAGGCACGAAGUCGCAGCAUGAAACGGCAAUGUUCUUCGUCUCCCAAGUCACCAUCGCUGCGACGAAGAAACUGGGAACGUCGUAAUUCACGGGGAUGGACGCCUUCUUUAUCUCCAUCAUCUCCCCCAUCCUUCAGGCAUUUGUCUCCAUCGUGGACGCCUCCGCGGCUUCUAAACCAACCCCCUGUUAAACCUCAGAACUUAACGGUAAUCUUAACAAACGACGCAAACAAAAAAACCAAAAAAGACAAAAAGAAGAAGUCAGACAAAAGAGGCAAAGACAACGCUGAAAAGUCAUCUAAGAAACGGAAACGUGAUAAAUCCCCAGCCCCUUCGAAGGAAGUGUUUGCUUCCGGCAAUAACAUCCUGGUUAGCGUUAGCUUUAAUAAAGAUGCGGACAAUAUCAGGGAUGUGCAAGCAUCUCGAAAACGGUACGAGGCCACAUCGGAAUUGACUACGAAACGGCUACGCAAAGAGCGCGAGAAGAAGAACAACAGUAACUUAACAGGAACCAGCAGCGCUACUCAUGUUAGAUCUGAAAAAACCGAGCACAAACAAAAGUUGGCCAACGUGAAACCAGUCGCUAUCAUAGACCUAGAGUUGUCACCUUUUCGAGAACUAACACCAUCCCCCCAAGACAUCAUCGUGUUAACUGACAGCGAGAACGGCGACAGUAAUGAUCAUAUUCUUGGUCUGCAAAAGAACGUCAUCAUGUGCGACUCGUCAUCACAACAAAUAUCCAGUCCUCCACCUCCAACCAUAAGUGCUUACAAUUCAGCCGGUCCAAAGACCCCCCCUGAGCCACAGGUUAAGUUUUCUUUAAGUUCGAAACAGUCACAAAUGCGUCCGAUCAUUAAUCCACUUCACGAACCUGACGACGUUGAUGAUGAGCCCAUAGAGCCGCGUCGCGACGAAGAAGAAAAUCAGGUAAUGCACAAAGGUCCCAAUACGCCUCCGGAACCGCCUAACUCGCCUCCGAGUUCACCGGAUGCUUACGAUCCAUUCGAUCCGACCAAGUCACGAACACCGACACCCGAGCCUGCAGAAAAAACAACACAAUCGAAUAAUUCGUCCAUACCGGGCUUGGAAGACACCAAUACAGACGGUGACAAAGUUGGAAGUGGAGGGUGUGUGGUAUCCAACGUUCCACCUCCAGAUGUACGACCUGCAGAUUCGCAAUCCAGUUUGAUCCCAUCAACUCCAGACGCGAAAACAUCUCCAGAACGAUCCAUAGGCGUAAUAAUUAAUCAGGUGGUGAUGCAGAAUCAACAACAAACUUCUGCGUUCCUUUCCAGUCAACAACAACAGCAACAACCCCUUACAGUGGUAGCGCCUUCUUCUAUGAUCACAUCGACUCCUGUGAGUGCUCCCCGCAUAAACAUCCUUAGUUCUGCAAUAUUACCUUCAUCGAACGUGUCCUCCUCGUCAGUUAUGUCACAACGAAUAGUAAUACCAACUACAAAUCGUUCGAGUCCUGUGAAUAAGGUGUCACCGUCGAAGAUGUCUACCAAAGGAGGUUUGACAACUGCACAGCCCCCCGCAUGGAAAGAUUCUAACAAGAAAGAUGGGACGAAUCUCGAUUUUGACUCUCCAUACUCUCCUGGGUCUAGCGAUUACGAGGAUCUCUUCGAACCUCCACCAGAGUCUGGAACAAAAAGCAUUAAGACAUCCAAGAGUGUAACGGCGACCACAGCUGUCGCUACAACCAGUAGUAGCAACAAGACGGUGACCUCAAAGAGUCAGAGUGCUUUCGAUCAGCUAUUUGGAUCCUCGCCCCAACCUCCCCUCUACAAAGUUAAAAGUAAAGGAAAUAAAGUUCCGUCGAAAGUUAAGCCUUCCAAGACAAACCCUAAGCCGAAACCCCAACAAACGCCUAGCAAAGGAACAAAACUUGUAGGAGUGAAAAUGGAUGAAGACAAUCUGAAAAUUCUUGACGAAUUACCAAAUUCUGCUGUGGAAAUGCAGGUCAAAGACAAGUUCCUCAAAAAAUUGAAUAGACAAGAACGAGUAGUGGAAGAGGUGAAGCUCGUGCUGAAACCCCAUUACAACAAGAAACAUGUCACUAAAGAGGAGUACAAAGACAUUUUGCGGAGGGCCGUUCCCAAAAUAUGCCACAAUAAAUCUGGAGAAAUAAACCCGAAGAAAAUUCAAGCAUUGAUUGAGGCCUACGUACGCAAAGUUAGACACAGUAAAAAAGUGACUUCUAGUAGUUCUGUAAAUCCUCAAAAAACACAAGUAAUAUCGAAUUGGCUCUCCAAAAUAAACUAAGGGGUGAACAAGUAACGACUUAUCACUUUACAAAUUAAUAUUAAUGGCGCAAUUUCAAUCUUGUAAAUAUAUUUUUAAAUAAGAAUUUAAAUUGAAAAAUAGAU